AUGGCUGCGCCAGUAACGAAGACGUUUGUCGUCGAGCAUCUCGACCCCGAGCUGGAGGCCUGGUCGUCGCUCGAGUAUGCCGCCAUUGCCCGAGAGUCGCGUGCUGCGGGAUGCCGCUUCCUGCUCUCCAGCGUGCCCGAGACGUUGAAACUCCCGGAGAAGCUGGCCAAGGUGGACGGGCUCGAGGUUGAGCACGACAGCGUGGAAACCCUGUUCGAAAAGGCAAAGGUCUGCCUGCUCGAUCCCGCUGCCAAGCAAGAGUUGAGCCCAGCUGAUGGCGAUCAUUUUGACGUCUUCCUGUUUGGAGGCAUCCUGGGUGACGACCCGCCAAGAGACCGCACUUCGGAGCUGCGCAAGAAGGGCUUCAACGGACGUAGGCUGGGUCCAGUCCAGAUGACGACGGAUACUGCCGUCCGAGUGACGCGAAUGGUUGUGCAAGAAAAGAUGCCUCUGGAAUCAAUUCCAUUCGUCGACAACCCCGAGAUCAGGGUCGACGAGCAUGAGAGCACGGAAAUGCCGUUCCGUUAUGUCACUAGCAAAGAGGGGCAGCCAAUCAUGCCGGAGGGCAUGAUGGAGCUUAUCAAGAAAGAUUCGGAAAGGGGCUUUGGCGAUUUACUUUGA